ACUCUCGUCAUAAACAAAACAAAAUUCUUGGCCUCGUGAUUCGAUCAAAUAACUGCUUUCCAUCUCGUCGACGUUUGAUAGAUAUCUUGGUCAGUAUAUAACUUGUCAACAAAGUUUCGCUUUUAUUUUCACCGGAAGUGAGCUCAAGUUCAACGAAAACACCACUUGAGAACAUACAAGCUACAAUCAGCACGUCCGCGUUAAUUUUUAGGCUGUGGAUGGACUGUGGAACUUAGAUAUUUACUGCUGCUGUGUUAGGCUGUGCCGCAUGAAUGGAGUUCUCGGUGCUGUUGAUAGCAAGCGUUUUUCUCAUUAAGGUCUCAGAAGCACAAGUUUUUGUACUGACCCCAGUCAGUCCAAUUCAAGCUCAAGAUGGCGUCAACAUCACACUACAUUGGGACUACCACUCUAGCUCUCACAUACUGAACCUUGCUCAGUGGGGAACUAUGACCCCAGAUGGUACCUUGGAAACCAUCAUAGCUCAACAGCAGGGGAAUAAGCCAGUAGAGUAUUUAUCAUCAAGUUAUAAAGACCGCGUUUUUGUAAUGGAAAAAGCUUCCUUGACUUUCAUUAACGUUAAAAUGGAUGACGGUGGGCGAUAUGGUUGUAAGUUGGCGUUUAGAGACGCGAAAAUUUUAAACUACACAAUACUGGAAGUAUCAGGUAGGCGAGUGUUUACUUAAAGAGUCAAAUCGAUAGUUCAUAUGUGUAAGUAGACCGAAUUACUCGUGAAGAGCCAGUUUCUGGUUGGAAGAGUUAAUGCCCAGAAAGGUUUGGGACGAGGCAUAUUUAUGACUCAGUUUUUUUGCAUCAUUCCCGUCCCCGCUUUCUCUAGUGGGAGUGUAUACAUAGGGAAUGCUAAUUUAGCCUGUCGCUCCAGAUUUAGGUGCUAUGAUUUCUGAAGUAGGUUUGGUUACUAAAGACCUCACUCUUUUGUAGAUGUCGUUUUCUCUCUCAACUUAUUUUCCUCUAUGGAACUUGUUGUAGCACUUUGCUCACGGUUUACGCGAUCAACCUUUACUUAUCAUUCGAAAUGAAGUGCAUCCUAGUUUAAGUUUUCCAACUUCCGCUUUUGCUAAUAGUACUUUGUGCAUAGCAAAAUGCAAGGAAACAUGAAAGAAGAAAAACAUCGAAAAGAGGGAUUAACCUUUUUUUUCCUGUCUUUAAAACGAUGUUCUCCUCCUCACUGGUAUGGCGAAUAGAAAUAGUAUCAUGUGUCCUUUCCGACAUCAACGUCUCGUCAUGAGUAUGUCAAUCACAUGUAGUGGCACGUCAGAGUCUUAAAUGAAUUCACACUAUGUCUGCCUGUUCAUCUCUUAAGCAAUAGCCACAACAGACGCAUUCCCCACAGCUGAUGGUACCGCUGAUGAUGAUACGAUAAAUACACAUCCGAUAUAUCUGGCUUUUGUUGCUGUGGUUCUGUUCCUAAUUAUACUAGUUGUCGUCUACUUAUUCAUCACGUGUAGGAAAAGAGAGGCUCUUACCGGUAGAAAAAAAACUGAAACAGCAAGACCGGACACGAAUAUGAUUGAAAUGAAUCCAGUGUCUCGCAAUUACAUGUACGCAGACACAGAAACGACUUUGGAUCCAAACGGUCCAUAUGACGACGUUAUCCGUCAAGAAUACUCAGUGAUUCCUCCAAUACUUCCAAACGCGACCGAAAAGGACUGGGAAGUACCUAAGGAGAACCUUGUGCUUGCGAAGGUGAUUGGCAGGGGAGCCUUCGGUAAAGUGGCUCGCGGAAUGGCAAAAGGAAUAAAUGAAAACAGGGAAGACAUGCAUGUAGCUAUCAAAAUGUUAAAAGAAAAUGCCACCGACGAAAACAGACAGGACCUCCUUGCUGAGCUGAACAUGAUGAAGAAGCUUGAACCACAUCAAAAUGUCAUACAGUUACUGGGCUGUGUCCCUAAGUCAGAUCCUGUGAUGGUUAUAACGGAGUAUGUACCGUAUGGAGAUCUCUUAGGUUAUCUGAGAAAGAGCCGUGGACUUCACGAUACAUAUUACAAUGACCCUGACAUAAAACCUCAAAGCUCUCUUGGUUCUGAACAUUUAUUCACCUUUGCUUGGGAUAUUGCCACUGGUAUGGAUUAUUUGUCGUCGAAAAAGAUAGUUCACCGUGAUCUUGCAGCCCGUAAUGUGCUAGUUGGUGAAGUAAAAAUCUGCAAAAUAACUGACUUUGGUUUGGCGAGAGACGUUUUUAAAGAGGACCUAUAUAGAAGAACAGCUACGGGUCGUCUCCCUGUAAAAUGGACUGCAAUUGAAUCCUUGUUGUAUGGAACGUGUACGACGAUGAGUGACAUAUGGAGCUAUGGAAUCGUGAUGUACGAAAUCUUUACCAUAGGAGGUUCGCCUUAUCCGAAGAUCGACGGAAAAUCUUUAGCCUCUUUACUUCAAGAAGGUUACAGAAUGCCUAAACCUUCACAUUUGGAUGAACAAUUGUAUAAGGUCAUGAAUGCCUGCUGGAAUGAAAAACCCAAAGAGAGACCAUCAUUUGCAGUGCUGCGCGGGACCAUGGAAGAUAUGAGUAAAGAGAAAGGGACCUACAUCAACCUUCAGGACUACGACAGCAAACUUUAUCAGAACGUCGACGAUAUGGACGCUUAAGCCACAGCGCACGUUUUAACUUUCAUACUCUUGAGAUCCAAAGGGGCUCCAGAACUCUAACAACGGAAGACGAUGGCUUUCCUUCCAGCAUAAAUUUUAGUUAAUACUUUUUGUAGAUCUUUGCUGAAGCUAGGACAACCAACAUGCCCAGAAUUUAAUUCGGACGGGUAAAAUCAAAAGAAAAUCAAGACAAUGGCUGAAGAGAAUAUGGAAAAUAUUAUUUAAUUUUUAAAGUAUAUUUAAAUAAAAAAGUACUUGACAUGUAUUCUUAAGACUUCCACCUACUUAAUGAUAUAGGUGUAGACGCCCUUAUACUACUGGACCGGCGUAACUGUUAGAGGCAAUGAUUCAAUUAACAGGUGAUUGACGAAUGUAGUUGUUUUAGCAAAAUUCGGAAUACAAGCGUCUAUUUUAAUUUGUAAUGGAACUAAGAAGGCCUCGAGACUACCUAAUGUGACUGGCCUGUUAAACCAGGCGCUACAGCACCAUCGGAAGUCAGUCAUAAUUUUCAUGUUUGGAAAACGUGACGCAUUUUAAAAGUGUACUGGAAUUACGUUCAAGACACUAUUACUUUAAUUCUUAUUAAGUGAUUUUUCUAUUUUUUCUUUUUCUUUUUACAAUAUUAAAAUGUCAAAAAUUAGAAAAAAUCAA